AUGAGCGGAAAUCAAUUUCAAUUUAUAGAUUCACAAUAUUCAACACCACAGGGAUCAUACUAUGACAAUACAGGAAGAAUGGGUGUAGGUGGCCCAUCACAAGAUUCAUUUGAAAACGAAUUACCACUGUUAGAAGAGUUGGGUAUUAACUUUGACCACAUUAGAGCAAAAACUCUCUCAGUAUUAAAUCCAUUAAAAAAGAUCGAUUCACAUAUUAUGGAUGACACUGAUUUGGGUGGUCCAAUGUUUUUUGGUUUACUUUUAGGUUUUUCAUUAUUAAUGAGUGGUAAAGUUCAAUUUGGUUAUAUAUAUGGAUUAGGUCUUAUUGGAUGUGUUUCAAUGUAUUUUGUUUUAAAUUUAAUGAGCGAAAAAGGUAUCGAUAUUUAUAGAGUUAUUAGCGUUUUAGGUUAUUGUCUUUUACCAAUGAUUUUCCUCUCAUUUACUUCAUUAGCCAUUAAUAUAAAUGGUUUAGUUGGAUAUAUUUUAAUUGGGGUUUCAAUUAUUUGGAGCACAUAUUCAGCAUCAAAAAUGUUUGUAAAGGUUUUAUCAAUGAUUGACCAAAGAAUUCUAGUUGCCUAUCCAGUUGCCUUAUUGUAUACAGGUUUUGCACUUAUUACAGCUUUUUAA